ACACUAUUAUGCAGAGUGGGUGGGUUUAUUUUGAGGGAGGGAGGUGGUGUUUAUCUUUUUUUUUUUUUUUUUUUUUUUUUUUUUUUUUUUUUUUUUUUUUGGAUAUAGUGAAUGCAGGGUCCUGGGAGAUCAGAUAUAGUGAAUGCAGGGUCCUGGGAGACCAGAUAUAGUGAAUGCAGGGUCCAGGGAGAUCAGAUAUAGUGAAUGCAGGGUCCGUGGAGAUCAGAUAUAGUGAAUGCAGGGUCCGUGGAGACCAGAUAUAGUGAAUGCAGGGUCCGUGGAGACCAGAUAUAGUGAAUGCGGGGUCCUGGGAGACCAGAUAUAGUGAAUGCGGGGUCCUGGGAGACCAGAUAUAGUGAAUGCAGGGUC